AUGGGUAGCGCUAAACACGCUACAGUAAAUACUCAAAUGGCGUCACAAAAGAAAUCGAUCAAGGACAUAUUGAAAAAGCCAUUCCAGGCGCUCUUCAAAAAAGAUAAACAAAAAGAGAAAAGGGAAGUAAAACAUGAAGACACACAUAAAAUAGAACCGAUCAAAGUGGUCCCAGUUAGUGAACUAAUAGAAGACAUAAAAAAUCUUAAAAUAAAGCAAGAAGAAGAAGACGAAUUCAGUAAUUUCACAUACAAAACAAUAGAUGAUAAGCGGAAAAAUUCAGAAGUCUCCGAAGCGAGUUUUCAAAAAGAAAGAAACGACUCGCAGCUCUCUGAAGACAGCUUCAAUAACUUUAAAUUGAACGAGGGCAGACGGACGAAAAUCGACUCGCAGACGUCAGAAGACAGUGGCUUCUCGGAGAAGAAUGAGACAGCUGAUUCGGAGGACGACAUCUGUGAGGGUAGAAGGAAAAAGAAGCAGAUAGUGCUGAUAUCGAGGGGACCCAUCAGGAACCAGUUUUUAACGCCGCCACAUCCAUAUUCGCGGGAAUCUGAAUGCAGACAGAUCAACCAAGUGAACAAACAAACUUUCUCCGGUGGACAAGUAAUUGUGAACGAAAACACACGGACAGACAACACAUAUUUAAGCAAAGUUAUAGAAUUAGUUGACACAACUGUCAGAGAUUAUAAUAAUGAAGAUCUAUCGACCUUCCUUGAUCUAGCAGACGAAUUCGUCAAUGAAAACACAGAUGAGAAUAUCCUAGCUGACUUUUUCAACCAAGCCGAAAUACCAAGGAUAGUAGAACCCCCCACAGAUACCCUUAUUGGCGGUUUCAGCUUUCAAAGUGACAACCCAAUGGAAAUGUCAAGUUCAAACACGUUAACAGAGUACGACACGCUCGAAUUAUUCCCCGAAUGCCUCCAAAACCCUGAAUUUGACACGUUGAACGUAUUCCCCACGCCUCCGCGCUCAGAAAAUGUCCCAAGCCCCAUCUCAGACUCAACAGUCUUUUACACAAACCAUUCGGAUUAUUCAUUGUCACCCCAAACGCAAACGUCAUCGCCAAUGUACAAUUGUGACUAUGAGAAGUGUCAAGACAUACCAUCGCUAGAAGACUAUCCAAGCUGGGUCAUAGACGAAGUACAUGAAACCACAGACAAGAAAACGCGGGAACGAAUACCGAGCACGUCCAUGACAAUGAAGCAAUACAAGGACAUGCAAAAGGAGAUCGCAAACGAAUUUUCGAAAAUGGAAUGCUGUCAAGCAAAGCGAAAACCGUGCAAGGAAAUAUUCGAAAGACACAUGUCAAACUUGAAAAUGGAACACAGGAAGGUGCUAUGCCAAAAGGUUGCCAGUUUAGAUUUGAAAACUGCUUACGGUGUCCUUCAGCACAUCCUGGCGAGUUUGUCGAAUGGCAACACCGAGGAAAGUCUGCAGUUGGCGCUUUUUAGUCUUAUCUGUGAAAAAGUGCUAGCACUGCAGCCGGAAUUGUUCGUCCAAGACUUCGGUUUAAACCUUUUGAAGUUGGCAGUACUUCGAUGCCCGAAGCGACCGCUCCUCACGCGAUAUCUGGUUCAGUGCAUUCGGACAGUAAUCAAAACUGAUACAAACAAACGGACACAUGAGUGUAUCUUUACUGAGGUGGACGCACUUCGCGAUAACCUCGUGAUCGCCUGCGCACGCGGCGGUGAUGAGUACUCGAACGCGCUCUAUGAGCUCGUAGAGCCAAGUGAAGGGGAGCCUGUCCUGUUUAGCUUACACCAUGCUAAUGCUAAUGGUCACAACGCGUUGCACGUGGCCUGUAUGACUCAUUCUGCGCAGACGCCGCGAUAUCACACAGUACAUGUAUUAUUAGAACACGCACACAUAGACUUAUGGAGGAAGGACGUAAAAGGUGGCGAGACAGCGCUCCAUCUAGUGGUGAAUUCCGCAAACUGUGACCUGAAGUUAAUAAUGAUACUCUUUAAACACAUCGACAGAAAACGGUGGUACGACCUUGCGCAUGCGCCGAAUCUAAGUUCGAUAUCUCCCCUGGAAUACGCCCGAUCAGCGAGCAAAUCGAAAUCGGAAAACUUUCCGAUUGAAGUAUUAGAAUUUCUCAAAAAGUGCCGGAAAAAUUAA